AAAUUGUGUUAUAUCCGAUUGCCUCAGUUCGAUCUCAGCAAUGUUCUUGUAUACAACUAUUCUGAUUUUAAUCCUUAAUUCCGAUAUGUCGAAGUCACGUUACGUUGGAUUGAAUGAAAAUGAAGAGCAAUUAUAUAGAACUGCAUAUGAUACACCCUCAUACCAUGAUGAUUGCGAUGAUGAAGACUUACACACUGAAAAUCUAGAGUUGGUUAAAGACGGCCUGUGGGCUUUGAAAGCAAAAGUCAAAGAAUUAAAGGCAUUCAACAAAGCCUUAGUGGCAAAUUUGCUUACCACCAAACUUAAACUGAAGGAACUGUUGGUGAAUAAGGUGCUGGAAAAGAAAGAGAAGUUUGAAGCGUUUAAAAAGGACAAACAAAUAAAAUAUCAGUUGCAAGAUCCGCCAUAUUCACAGUAUCCUGCAAUUCCUCAUGGUUACGACCCCUACAUUGGAAUGUAAUAAUAAUAAUAAUGUCAAGUAUUUUGCGCAGGAGGCUUUACAAAGAAUAGUAAAGUUUUUUUAGCAAAGGAUUUUUAUAAUUU